GUUCAGAGAUAUACCUGUCAACAACCCCAACAGAAAUUGCACCUUGGGGCAGCAUGUUCUUUAAUUACGAAAAUCUUUCAGCCUCAUUUUUGGAGAAAUGUACUAGCUCUGUAAAACAUUGCAUUGGCGCCUGUCAGCAUCAUGCAGGCCUCGUCGACGAACCAACACAAUAAUCAGCCUCUUGCUGCUGCUUUUGGUGGCGUAGCAUCAACGCCGUAUUCUCUCUUCGAGAUCAGACUUGAACGGGAAUUUGUCGUCUUCUGGGGCAGCCGAUAUGAAUCAACAGACCAACUACUCAAAGGAGUCGUAGUCCUUUGCUUACAAUCGCCGCUCAAGCUCGAGGAAGUUAGACUUCGUCUCGAUGGUACUGUACGCCAUGCAUGGCUAAAUGAUCCCGGCGUGGCCCAUAACACCAGCAUCAUGAAGCACAAAUGGCCCUCAUUGAUGGAAACUGGUGGCAAGAGCGUGACUUUACCAGCGGGCAACUACGAAUGGCCUUUCGAACUGAUGAUGGCGGGAGAUACUUCCGAGAGCCUCGAGGGUAUCCGGGAUGCUUCCAUCACGUAUGGUUUGAGAGCGACUAUCAGUAGAGGCAAACUCGCUCGACAUAUCAGCUGCACCAAGAAACUUCGAAUCAUUCGUACAUUUGCACCGACUGCUUUGGAAUUUAUGCACAAUAUGAGUGUUGAACAGACAUGGAUCAACAAAGUCGACUACUCAGUGUCUAUACCCACGAAGGCCGCUGUAUUCGGAGGGUCGAUCGUUCUGGAAACAAGAUUUACACCACUGGUCAAAGGGCUCGAAAUCGAAAGGAUCGUCACGACUUUGGUAGAGUUUCAGGAGUUCAGCAUGCACAGCAGACACUACAUCUAUACAAGAGAACACAAAAGCAAGCGCGAGAUUUCCCAGUGGGACUUUGAGAUGUCAAGAGAGCAAUAUUGGCAGGACACUAUAGAGGAAACGGGCCAAGAGGGAUGGGUCAUGAAAAAGACGCUGCAACUACCGAAGAGACUCAGCGAAUGCAUUCAAGACAUAGAUGCACAAGGGAUCAGGAUCUACCACAAACUCAAGAUACACAUACCCAUUCGAAACCAGGACGGGCAUGUGUCUCAUCUUGACUUAGGAAUUCCUAUCAAUAUCUUCAUCUCACCGUCCAUCACUCUUGACGACCAAGGCAACUUGAUAGACCAAGCCCCUAGUACACAAGGACCACCAAGUGAACUAAUAGGCCCACCAGUGUAUGGCGAGCAUAUUCUCGACCAGCUAUAUGACAGUCUGGAGGACUGGCAGGUCCCUGGUCAAGGCUCCCACCAAGGUGAGGGAGAGGGAUCUGGUACCAGCACUCCUCACCGCACAGACUCGAAUGAGACCCAGACAUACGAGAGCUCCAACACAUUUGAACCUUCGCAAUCCAGCCAGAUUCACGACCCAUCGCGCAGCUCAUCCGAAACUGUGUCUACCGACUCAGAAGAACUUGCUGAACUUAGCAAAGUCCCGACAUAUCGCACAGCGCUCCGGACUCCUUUACAACCGCAUACUCAGCAAGGCGGUGCUCUACCUCCUGAUUAUCGAACAGCGGCGGCGGCAGCGAACGAUAGUUGAAAUUUUAUGAACAAAAUAACAUGCAUUCAUCUCGCUAUACCAUCAUGGGGAAUUGUAUCCUCUGGCCUUAAGAGAGGGGCAUUGA